AUUUUAUUUUUUACAUCCGUUAUAGUUGUACCUUCGCGUUUUUUUUAUGGAAAAUUUCUUUCAACGCUCGCCUCUAACGUGGCGUUCUUGUACAUUUCACAAUUUCCCACCCCAAACUUUAAAUAUCCCUAAGGGCGGCGACCGAUCGCGGAAGUAUGACGAAGAUAUACACGUGAAUUGUUAUUUUGAAAACUUGGAAAAAGAGUUGUCAAAAAUGAAGAAUGUAUUCCGUAACUCGAGUGUAAUCCUUGUUUUAAUAUUCCUUGAGUCACUUUUGGCUGUGCCUAAUAGAUCAACGACAUCACUACAUUUUUUGGAGCCUGGGGAUAGUGUAAAUAGUGAAAUGCCAGGAUUGAGUAUAUUUUGUCAUAAUGCUAAGCCAAAAUACAUAAUAUACAUGUGGAAAAAUUUGAAUAUGAAUUUACAUACAAAUUCCGAAAAGUAUGAUAUUUAUCAUGGAAAAACCCAAUUGGAGGUGAAAGAGAAACAUGAAGUUAAUCAACGAUCAUGGACAUUUAAUUUAUUUGGCACAAAAAAGAGUAAACAGUUUAAAAUUAAUCCUUUUGAAGAUACGUGCAUUGGAAUUUUCACAUACAAUUACAAUGAAAAAUCGUACACAUUAUCGAUGACUCAAGAACGUGUAGAUGUUACAAAAGUAUUAAUGAUGGCAUUAGGAAUCAUAAUAUUUUGGUAUGCACAAAAGCUGAGCCAAAAUCCAUUAUUUUAUUAUUUAUGUGGAAUCACACUUGGAGUUACAACUUCUGUUAUAAUACUCAUAUAUUUUGCUAGUAAACUAUUUCCAAGAGGAAAAGCAAUGUACUUAAUGGUAGCCACUGGUUGGACAAUGAGCUUCUACCUUGCACAAGCAUUGUGGGAAAAUGCACAAUUAAUAGCAAUUCAAUAUCGAGAAUACGUACUCUGGUACAUAUUAAUAACAUCCAUGAUCAGUUUUAUACUUUGUUAUCGAUUUGGUCCAGUUACUAAUCCAAGAACGAAAAAAAUUAUACAGUGGUUCCUUCAGUUUUCUGGAUUGAUGGCAAUUUAUUAUAGUAGCUAUUUUUGGGAAGCUUCCGCAUCAUGUUGUGUUUUAUUGCUGCUCUUAUAUAACUUUCCGAUUGUGAUGAUACACAGAGGAAAAAAAUAUUGGAAAACUAUGUUUCCUGAUCAACGAAAAUUAUUAACAGAGAAUGAAUACCGCUUAGAAGGUUUAAGGGAAACGAAGAAGGCAUUGGAUAAUCUACAGACCUACUGUUCCAGCCCUGAAUGUAAUCCGUGGAAGACUGUCCUGAGAUUAAAGGAUCCAAUACGGUUUGCCAAAUUUAUGGAGGGCGAUUCGCACAUAUCGGAUGACGAGUUAGAUAGCCACGAGGCGGAAAUUACGCGAAUUAUUGAAGAAUGCGAAUACACUGAUGAUGAUGAGGAUGAUGAUUACUGAUUGCAAAAAGAAAAUCUUAAUUAAUGAGACAAUAUUUUGAAAUUGAUUUUUUAAAAACAAAUUUAUCAGUUCGCAAAAAAUAAGUCUUAUGUAAUUAAUGAUAAUAUUCGUCAAUACAUUGGGGGAAAUAUUAGAUAAUCUUAAAUUAUAACUUUUAACGCCGUA